AUGUCCGCCAUGUCGUCACGAGAUAUCUCCACGGAGUCGUUAUCGUUGACGGCGUCCUCGCGCUCGGCAGCGAAGGCAGACGGAGCGGCCGUGCCGGCCUUGACGUUCGUAGUGAUACCCGCACGGGUGGCGAAGCAGAAUAUUGAGGAGGUCCUGCGUCGCGGCAGUCCUAGUACGCGCGGUCUGCACAGCAUCAGUCCCCUGGCUCCCAACGCAGCCCGAACACCUCCCGCGGAUUCGCGGGGACCACCGCGGUACCUUCGCGCUCGAGGGAUCACCCCAUCUCCCGCAGCAUCCUCGGCGAGAGGUAGGCGCGAGGUGCGAGAGCCACCACAGUCGAGGCAGAACAGUCGGCGUCGGCGCCCCUUCUCACGCAGACGUGGUGAUCGGCACAGCAGCAGCAGGGGCAGCAGCCACCGUCAUCAAGGCGAGGGGAAGCAAGGCAAGGCACAAACUGCCUCGCCACCACAGCCGCAGUCUUCCGAGGCCGCCAGCAGUGACUCUCAAACCCCGAAGAGCCGCGAGAUGACAGCACCGCCGCAGCUUGCCGUGCCCGCGCAGCUGUCGAACUUGCUGCUACCCCUGCCGCAAAACCACCGGCAACUCGCUCCUAGCGACAACCAGUGCGGCAAUCAGGCCCAGCAGGAGGUGCAGCGGCGAGACCGUCUUUCGCAACCAGAUGACUCGGGCAGCGCGGUCGCAGAAACGCAGGAGCAGGAGCAGGAGUGUUCGGCUCGAGCGCCGUCGCCGCGGUCAAAAAGCCCUGCUAGCGCCCACGCCUCAUCCCUGCACAAAUGCAACGGCACGACGGCAGCGGCGGCACGGGCACCGGCUCGCAGAAGUCAUGUGGUGGACAUGGUGCUCACCAUACCGCGGCUGUCGCCUGCUCAAGCCUCCCCCUUUGCACCUUCGAAGCAGCCGCAGCGCACUCGGAGGACCGGCGAGGACUUCCGCCAUGGUAGCUCCGUUCAGCCCGCAGCCUGGCAGCAGCAACUCUCGAAGCGUCCACUUCAGGUUGGCAUCCCCGGUCGCGUUGGUGUUCCUGGCAAGGGUUCCGCGGCAGCGGUGGUGACGCCGUCAGCCGCACAGCGUGGCACGGCCCUUUCCACAUCCCCACAGCUCGUUAGCACCUCACCCAUCGCGCGCUCCUACGUGGUGCAGUCCUUCUCGAGUCAUCUACCGGGCGAGUCGACGGUGCUGCUCGGGGCUCACCAUCGCGGAGGUCCGAGCCCGUCGUCUACGCCGCCGCCGUCGUCUCAGGCGGUCGGCCCCAGCGCUGGCGUUGCCGCUGCCACUUCAAUGCCGGCCGUCGUAAUCGAGGUGGCGGUCGUGGCCGCCGCCGCGCCAUCGCUGCCUGAGCCAGAGGUGCUGCAGCGCUACGAAGAUAUGCUUCGCCAGUGGCAUGCCGGCAACAGUAACGGCUGUAGCGGUGGUGCGCCUCGUCAUGACGGCCGCGAGGCGCAGCAGUGGUACACCCACAACGACCUCUCGGCCGCGUUUGAUCUCAUUGUGCACAUUCAACUUGCUGCUGCCGCCGCCGUCACGGUCAGUGACAUCAAGGACGAGGUGGAGCUGCGCACUGGCUUGCCAGCCGCGCAGCAGUGUCUUGUAUACGACGCCGUCUUGCUGCAGGACUGUCUACCCGUCUGCCUGCUUCCGUCGGCCGCUGACGACGACGGCGUUGAUGAUGAACGAGGUGCCGCCAUGGGACGAAGUGCAGGCCCCGACUACUGGAGACUUGUGUGCGUGCCGCUGUCGAGCGCCUCAUCGCCAGCGGCGAUGGCGCGGCAGACUCGUCGGAUCGAGUCUCCGCCGCGAGCGGUGGCGUCGCCGGCAGCAGCAACCGAUGCCACGCGCUACGACGACGGCGGAGACGAAGCUGCGGCAGCACUUCGGUCCCUGCUGUCGGUGUCUCCUGUACGACCGAGGACACAAACCUCUCGCGCAGCAGAGGCGACCGCGACGUCGCCCCCGCGGCGGCCUGGCGCUGUCCCUUUCACCCUCUCCAACGGCACGACAGUCACCGCGUCAACAGCGGCAACGGCGGGCCAUACAGAGCAAGUGGUCUCCGAGCACAUCAACCGUCUGCGACUUCUGUACCUGAGCAACGCGGAGAUGAGUGAUCAGUUCGGUAGGGCGGACUUGGGUUUCCCCGUGGCUGCUGUGGAGAGGGCACCAGAGCACGCGGAUCCGUCCACCGCGGCGAUGGCCGGGGUGCGCCCACCGACGCGGCCGCAGCGAGACCUCUUGCUCUCCCCGCUGAGGGAGGCGCCCGCUGUUGGUGCCGAACACUAUCGAACUCGCUUCGGUCUGUCCUCAUCCGCGGCGCCGAUCUCAUCCGCCUGUACGCCACCGCCUCCACGUCGCACGGAACUGAGCGACGCGUUGAUUGCUGCUCUUCCGCCUCCACCAGUGCGCCGUCCGGUCACUCUGCCGUACGAGUCCAUCAAGACGCUCUCCUGGAAGCCCUCUGUGCACCAGACGCAGCCGGCGCAGAUCACCGCCAGCAGCAGCGUCGGAGCGGGUACCAACGGUGGCAAUGGCGGUGGCGGCGUCGAUGCAAGCUGGAUGAGCUCACUCAACGCAUCCUUCUCCUCCGAUGCCGCUGCGGCGGUGAUGAUGUGA